ACUCAUUACUCACGAUGUUACUGCCACUGGUGCUGUGAUGCUGAGGCGCCCAACCCACACCUUGCCGCGCCCUUCCCUCCCCUUCCCUGCCCUGCCCUGCCGAGCCAUAACCUGCAAUACCCUGCCUGUCCACGCCCCCUAUAACAACAGGGAGACAUGAGCGCUAUGGACUGCUUAGCGCAACCCCGCACCACAACCACCACCACCACCACCGCCAACAGAAGACCUUCCCGCAGCAGGCAUUUAGCGCACAGCCUCGUCUACCUCCUCCUGGGCACAACUAUCGCCAGAGCGCAGUGUCCGUGGCCCCGUGAAGUAGUAGAGCUAAACGGGUCUUGCCUAUGUGCUUAUAACCUUAGGAAUGAGCUGUCUAUUCAGUGCACGUCUGUUAAUUUUACGCUUCUCAUGACGGUGCUACAUCAAAGAGCCGCUAGUGUACCGUUGGACUUGCUGUAUGUAAAUGGUACACGUAUUAGUGCCCUUAAUGAUCGCACUUUUGAUGGUCUCAGCGUGGAGAAUAUUCAGUUCUCCUCCUGCGGAAUUUACAACAUUAGCGACGGGGCGUUUAGAGGAUUGGAAGAUAAAUUGAAGAAUCUAAACUUACAAGAUAACAGGAUCUCGGAGGUGCCCACUGCCGCUCUUUCUAACUUACGAAGGUUAAAACUGCUGGAUCUAUCUGGGAACCUCCUUACGAAUAUUCCCAAAGAUGCCUUCAAGGGGCUUAGGCUGUCCACGCUCAAGCUGGCGGAAAACGACUUGGUGCUGUCCGAGGGCGCCUUUGCUGGCCUGGAAUCGACCUUGAAGAACUUGAACCUGAAGGAGACGAAUCAAAAGACAAUACCGAAGGCCAUUAUUAACCUUCCUGUCCUCGCCUUCCUCGACAUUGCGCAGAACGAGAUACGCAGUCUGGAGAAAGGCAUUUUGAGGAAUCUACACUCUCUGACGGCGCUCAACCUGGAGAGGAACAUUCUGCAGAGCCUGGUACCGGAGGACUUCACUGGGAUUAACGACACUCUCUCCUCUCUCUCCCUGCUCAACAAUCUCAUCACCGGCUUUCCUGUGCGGGCCUUCAAUACUCUCUCCGAACUAAGGGUCCUGGAUAUCGGCUUCAACCUCAUCCCUGAGAUCCCAGUGGAAGGCUUCAGAGGCAUCAAGUCCCUAACACUCUUGGCUCUGGAUGGCAACCCCUUAACCAUUGUCCCUGAGUCAGCCUUUGCCCACCUUACAUCCUCUCUAAGGGGCCUGUCGCUGGGUGGUCGUUUCCUGAAGUGUGACUGUCGCAUGGCGUGGGUGCCCAGGUGGAUCACAGACUAUGACCUCCAGGUGACCUCUCGUGAGCGCAACCCUCAGUUCUGUGGCCAGCCUCCUGAGCACCGAGACAAGUCUUUCUACCAACUCAAUGAGGCAGAGAUGACAUGCGAAGACGGCUCCUCCCCGGCCUUCUCCCUUCCACCCCCUGCCUCCACCACCUCUCCUCCCAAGACAUCCACCUCCUCCUCCUCAUCCACAUCUAUUUCCUCUACUUCUGCAACCAAACGGGCCACCACCACCACCACCACCACCACCGCCAUUACGACUACCACAACCACUACUGCUAAACCUGAGGCAGCAUCAUUCCGACCCGGCGAGGUGCUCCAUGCUGGGUCAAGUGGCACAGGUCACGUAGGGUCAGUACAGCGCGGCCCUGGAGGGGAGGCACCAAGACGAGGAGGAGGAAGAGGAGGGGGAGGGAGACAAGGAAAUGAUAUCCCUCCUCCACCACCCACUCGAUCACAGCAACGCCCUGCCACUGUUCUUGAGAGGCCAGCCAAUCAACCUGUGCCUUCCUCCCCCUCAAGACCCAACCUGGUACUAAGAAACAAGGAGCAGGAUGACCAUGAUGACAGGUUCUUUGGCCAGGCUUCAGGACCCUAUGUAGAGGAGGUCAUUGUGCAGGAUGCUUACAGGAAGGAGAACUCCGUCAUCAUCCAGUGGGACUCCGAGGUGUCCAACAUCCUAGGCUUCAGGGUUGUGUACAGACUCUUUGGGGACAAGACAUUCAAGCUUGGACCACCUCUAGCUGCCUCAGAGCGAGAGUUCAAGAUCAAGAAUGUCCCCACGCAGGAGUGUAUCGUGGUGUGUGUUGUGUCCCUGGAAGACACCAACGUGACCCCUGACAGCGUUCAAAACUCCCAGUGUCGAGAAAUUCGCACAGAGACCUCAGCAGCAAUGCACAUGGACACAAUCAUCAUAGCAGCGUCAGCAGCAAUCUGUGGCACGGUCAUCAUUGCAGUCGUCGUUUUCAUCUGCUGCAACAGGAAACGCAGCAGGACUCAAGGGGAGAAGCAUGGCAUUCCUUCAGUCCUCGGUGCAUCCUCGCCUCCCUUGGCCUCCCUUGGGACCUUAGGUGCAGGUGUUGGGGGCACAGGAGGAAAGCCAGACUGGGACACCCUCUCCAUGUACUCUCAGAGGUCCAUCCCACGUGCCAGGAUGUACCAUAUGGAUAAAGGCUCAGUAAAUAAUGGAUUUGUGCCUGAUGAUGCACGGUCCCACUUCUCCCAUGCCUCGUCCAGACACAUCCCCCGUGCACGCUCCAUGGCAGAUGGACAGAGCCAGAGGUCUUACUCAGCUCUCAGUGCCUCCAAUCUUCGUGCACCAAGCUUCUCUGCAGGCUUGGGACUCUCCAGACAAGACCUCAGCCUGUCUCGCCAGUCCCUCGCCACCACACACUUCAGCGGCUCAGCCUUUGGACCGAUAGCAGUGAAUCCCAAUGCCACCCCAUAUGCUCUAGGAGGGCCAGGAUCUACUGUGGGCAUGCCUCGGGUCACCUCCCAGCGUGGGGACAGGAGGCGACACCGUUCCAAGUCUCGGGAACGGUCCAGCUCUCGCCUCAGCCAUGCCGGAUCCACACACUCACUGACAGGUUAUGACACUGAUGGCUGGACGGACCAUGACAUGGACAUUUAUGUGGCCAGGAACCCUACACGGGGUGGCCUGGUCCAGCUGUAAUAGUCACGGACACCAGUGGCACUUCAGCAUACUUCUGCAAUGCUUAGAGGUCAUGGGAAUCCUUCAAGUCAUUCCUUUCCCCUCGAUGCUGCAAGAAUCUUCAGUGAAAAAUUAAAUGAAACAGAAUCUUUCAUAUACAUUCCCAGGGUAUUUGUCCCUUCUCUCGAAGUUUAUCUUGCUUUUCUCCUCAGUCUCCCACCACCUUAUCCUCUCCCUCCAGGUGUCAGUCUUAAGGUAUCGUCUUUUCUUCCAAACCUUCAACCCAUAUGGAGUUCUUCUAUGUUGGUAUGUUGUCAUCAGUUGGUGGUGAUGAAGUUAUACUUGUUGUGAGGGUUAAUUUGGAAAUGCUCUUAACUGUUUCAGUCAUCUGGAGAUUGAACAGAAGAAAAUAAGGGAAGCUACAAGAAGCUGCCAGACCUGCAUGUGGCAGUCCCUGUAUUGGCUGAGGCAGUGAGGAGGCUGUAGGUGUCAUGUUUGGGUCAUUAUAAAGUUAAUUCUAUUUUCUUUGCUUCUGGUGAGGGCAUGGUGUUAGUGGUAGUAGUGGUGGUGUGGCGGUCACCCUUUGUAGUGGUGGUGGUGGAGGUGUUGAGGGUAGUCUGAGGGUCAUUGUUCAGGUCACCGCCUCACCACCACACAGCCAGGCCCUGAUCCAUCCUGUACAGUACAUAUAUGUACUUCUCAUCUUUCCAAGGAUAUUCUGAGAUAGAGGGAGGGAUUUAUGGUAAAAUUAAUUUUUAUUGAUUAUUUUCCUUAUUCUUUUUUUGUGAAUGAGAUGAUGAAUGAAUAAAUAAUUUAAUAUUCAUACAAUGAUACCUUCAUCUCAUCAUUAUUAGCUAUGUUUUUUGUUUAUACAAGUUUAUUUGGCUAAAACAUUUUCAGUGAAGAGUGCAGUGCAGUGGUAAUUAUUAUUGUGGCCCCAUGCACCAACAUGAUGAGUCAGUGUAAAUAGAACAUUGAUUUUAUUUAAACCAUGUUAGUCAGACAGAAGAUAUUUGGAGAAAUGGAAAUAUCUAUGCAUCUUUUUUGUGAGAAAUGCAAGCAGUCUUCUAUCAUGAGAAACUGAGGAGGUGACUGCUCUUCAUCACCCUCCUGAAUGGUGGUGAGCAGUGAUGUGGGCUGUGUAGUGCAGUGACUUAAACUGAACAGGCCAGCCAUCUCCUCUCUAGUCACACAGGACAAAGUGUGAUGUGAUGUGGUGUGAGAUGUCUUGGCAGUUUGGGUGUCACUUAGACAACCAGAUGACUCAUAUUCAGAGCUGGACAAAGAUUUGAUAGUUAAGUCGUGACUUUGUGUAGAAAUUGUGUAACUUUGUGUGUGUGUGUGUGUGUGUGUGUGUGUGUUGGCAGUGACUACUUGCUCACUGUGCUUGCUGCUUCUCCCUCAGAUUAAUUUUCAUUAUUAUAUCAAAAUGUAUUUUCUUGUUUGUUCAAUGUUAAAUGCCCAAAUAAGCUAAUGAUACUAAUUCAUAAGUUUUAUAAUUUAUUCUAAACCAUGUAGUCUACUUACUUCUUAUCGUGAAAAGAGGAAGAACUCUACAAAAUAUAAUUCCUCUAAAUGAGUAAAUGAGUGAAGUGGUAAUCCCUUCCUCUGAAUCUUUAUACCUGCAGUGGGACAAGGCAUGAAGUUUUGCCUUGACUACCCACACUCUUCUUGUAAGUGGAGCUUUGUGUGGAAUAUUCUGAUAUUCUAAAUAGCAACUCAUUAUAAACCUUCAUCAUUGAGCAUUUAAGGUACUCCUGUCAAUAUAACGUGUAUAUAUGAAUAGAAAGAGUUUGUCAUGAUACUGAUGUUAUGAACUUUAUGCCAAGUGUCUGAUAAUGGCUUGAUGUCAACUGCUAAUGUCUUUGUUCAUUUUUGUAAAAAUAAACAUUAAAAAUAUG